AUGCCGUCGAUCGAGCGCGGCUCAUGCGUCGACGAGGAUUGCGUCUGCGUGCUGUGCCGUGAGCUGACGGGCUUUAGGAUGUCCGCGAACCUGGAGGGCUCGCGAGCUCGCCGCGAGGGCGUGAACUUCAUCCUGCGCCGCGGUUUGCCGUUGGCGACGAGGAUCCAGUCGAAGGAGUGGCAGGAAACGGAGGAUCCUAGGCUCGCUGGCCUCGAGGAGACGCUGGAGGACAAGGGACACGGACAGGAAACGGAAAGGACGACGACGACCGCAGCCGGGAACAGAGACGUCGCUCACAGGACUGUGAUUUACUUUGGCGACACGAACCAGAGGCAGCGGGAGAACAAGUCGAGGGACAGUCCUACGCGGCUCGCGGCGAAAGACGAGUCCAGGAUGUCCGAGCAGCGACGAGGGGCGGAUCCUGAGGACACGAGGUCCUCGGGUAAGUCCCAGACGGAGAGACAACGGUCGACGGUCAGUCUGAUGGAGAACGAGGAUGCCAAGGUUACGCACGAGAUCGUGGUGAACGUCAGUCCCAGCAGGGAAGACGUGCUGAGGAUCGAGGAGGACGAGAGCCAGGUCGAGGAUUACUGGUCCUUGCCGGGGGACAGCAGCGGGUUCAAGGCGGACUGGAGCUUCGUUCAGCAAUGGCGCCUAAGGGGGCCCGGAGGCGGCAACGGACGAGAUCUGUAUUGUCCUCCGUACUCGAAGGACUUUGCGGAGAGUUCGCCUAAAAACGGUGUUCACAAUAUGGUUCACAUGGUGGCGGAAAGAGACACGGACAGCGUGGCUCCGACGCCAACGCCUCAGCAUCCUCAUCACUCUCAGCAUCAUCACCUCAGUUUGCACGAGAUUCGCGCGCUUCAGAGGCGACCAGAAUGCACGGGUAACAGCUCGUCGGAUGAGAAUCGUUCGUCCGGACACGCGAGCAUGUCGGACACAGGCGGCCACACGAGUAGCAGUUCACCGCCGCAUCGUCACCACAGGUCGCACAGCCCUCAGCAGCUGAAUUCUGUGCCCGAGGACGAUCGCCUAUCGGCCUCCGUUACCCAGAGAAAUGGCAGGAGUAGAUCUGGACAGAACCGCAACAGACACAGGGCCACACCCGCCAAGUUGCAGGUGCCGUGGUCGGGAUCCGGUUUAGAAGACAUCAAACUGGCGAUCCAACAGCUCACGAUGCGUUCCCAUAAGUCAUCGUCCACUUACUCCUCCUUGAGCGGCUCCGAGAGCUCGGAGCCUGCUGUAAGGAGACUGAUGCGGCAUUCCAGCUUGGAAACCAUCAACACCAACGUGACCAGCGCGGACGAAUUCGUCUGGGUGGACUCCCACAAUAGACUGGUGGAGCUGCAGCAACUGCCAUGGACGCACCACGACGUUCUUCGCGUGUUGCAGAACGGUCGUACGAGGGAGCACAUGGAACAAGUCUCUAUGGAGACUAUACCGCGGCUCUCUUAUCUAUUGCAGAGGGCCUUGGUCAGGAUCGGUCGUGAAACCCAGAGACUGGCCAAGCCUGUUGGUCUGUGCAGCAAGCACGAGGUUUACAGCGCGUUUAAAAUCGUGCUCUGUCCAGCCUUGGCCGAUUCUUGCACCAAGGCCUGCUUACGUGCCGCCGCAAUGUUCGCCGUAUCCGGUGACCAACUGAAGCAAUCAAAGGCAUCUCGAUCGGGACUGCAAUUACCAGUUGGACGAUUUCUUCGUUGGAUGUCCGAUGUGCGAUUAGGAAGAAUGAUACACGAGUACGCGGCCAUAUAUUUGACCGCGGGAAUUGAAAAUCUUCUGGAAGAAAUACUGUUACAAUGCGUACCGACCGAUACGCACACAACCCUAACGGCAACUAUGUUGGAGCAUGCCAUAGCAAACAGUGGAGAUUUAUGGGGACUCUUACAGCCAUAUGCACACCUUAAUGCUGGCCGAACAGCGUCAGGUGCCCUCGCAAUGCCACGUUGGGCCAGCGUAAGUUCCUUAAACUCGUCGUCGUCGUCCCGUAGUGGAAGGGACGCAGCAGGAUCUGCGUUGGAACCAUCGUUGCUGACUACAUGCGUGGGAUCUAUGUCGGAACUCUUAGAUCUAAUCUCGAAAGUAGCCCAAGCGGGACGUUCGCCCAUACCUCUGACCGCCAAGGCGUUGAACGCCUUGUUUUAUUAUAUGAGGUGUUCACAGUUGGAGCACGGCGAACGUGGUUCCGGGAUACAGGAACUCGCAUACGAGCGAGCGUACGUUGUUCUUCCGCCGUUGGUGGAAUGGCUGCGUGUCGCGACUGCUCAUGCGGAACACAGGCACGGACUCGUUGUAGAUCAAGAUGAUAUUAAUCAAGCCGCUAGAUUGUUGUUGCCCGGCGUAGACUGUCCCAUUAGACCGAUAUGCUUCGAGGAAGUUGCCGUGUGCUCGAAACGCAUAGACGAUUCCGAGUACGUACGUCUGCUCACGAUGGACAUGGCCUUCAAAAUGCUGAUCGGUGGACGCGCGGACUUGAUCGCUCAAGCUAUGCCCCUAUUACCAUCCACGAAGAUCAAUACGGUGAACGACAAUGGUUUUACGGCGCUGAUGAUAGCUUGCAUAAACGGUGAUGAAACGGCGGUGUUGGCCCUUCUGGAUUCUGGCGCUGAUUUGAACAUUGAAAGUCCAGCACCACCGACCGGUCAAUCAGCGAACACGCCAUCCAAGGUUCCUCUAGCACCACCGGGUGUGUCCAGUGCCAGAAGUUCAACCAAUCAAUCCGCUAUUAUGUCCCCGGGAAAGAACGUGCAAACGUCGAAUUCGUCUUCUGGCUCGCCAGGCGCAUCGAGUAACGCUUCCAGCAACGCGUGUUACAAUCAGAGUGGAUUCAACGCCGAGACUCAGCAUUGGACCGCUUUAACUUACACGGCCCUGUUGGGGCACUGUAACAUCGCCAGAAUAUUGUUAGAAAGAGGGGCCGCGGUCGAAGGUGGUGCCAAGCUCAGCGAAGACAAAUGUACGGUCACGCCUUUGCAAGCAGCAACAGCGUCUGGCAACAACGAAAUGGUGGCACUGUUGCUGGCUCACGGAGCUCAACCGUUUCUAUCGACUUUGAUAAAAGACUCUUUUUCCUAUUCCGGAUCCGCUCAACGCGGCUGUUACAGUGCAAUAUCUGUAGCGACAGCUCAUGGACAAAGAAGUUGCCUUCACCAAUUACUGUCACACCCGCUGAACUUUUCUGCGAAACGAGGGGAAAAAGAAGUAUUAUCGUUGGAAGAGAUCCUCGCGGAAGGAAGUGCGGGUACUAGUCCGCAGCAACAAACCGUAGAUGGAAGAGGAAAUCGAAGAGAAGGUAAAGAGCCAGUUUUUAACAAGGUGCAAACAAAAGCUUUGCAAGAAGCUAUGUACCACAGCGCCGAAAGUAACCAUUUAGACAUCACAAUGGAACUCCGUGGAUUGAAAGUAGGCUGGACGUUACAUUGCUGGAUGCACAGUCUGGCAACGGCUCACGAAAUGAGACUAGACUCGGUGAUAGAUCAGUUACUUCAAGAUUUCCUUCAAGUAUGUCCAGAAGACUAUUCGACGCAAUUUGUACAAGAAUGUCUUCCUUUAUUGUUCAAUAUCUUUAGGUAUAGCAAGAAGGAGGGCACAACGCUUCUGCUUGCUGAUAUUUUCUGUACGUGUUUCGGAUGGGAACCGAUUAAACCCAUCAGAGACACUACGUUAUCGAGCGGAUCGAGAAUAGAUCCGAAAUUUGUAAAUAAUCCGGAGUUGAGCGAUGUACAAUUUAGAGUAGAGGGCAGAGUGUUUUACGGCCAUAAGAUUGUGUUGGUCACAUCAUCUCCAAGAUUUAGGAAUAUGUUAAGUUCGAAAUUGUGCGAGGGAAACCCACCUAUUGUACAGAUUAAUGAUAUCAGAUACCACAUUUUCCAGAUGGUUAUGGAAUUUUUGUAUCAUGGUGGAUGCGCCACGUUGGAAGUAAAUCAAAGUGAUGUCUUGGAAUUAAUGGCUGCAGCAAACUUUUUCCAGUUAGAUGGUUUACUUAGGUAUUGCGAAGCACAGUGUUCCUCGAUGGUUGAUCUCGACAACAUUGUUUCCAUGUACAUUCACGCGAAGGUUUAUAACGCAACACAGCUUUUGGAGUACUGUCAAGGAUUUUUGCUGCAAAAUAUGGUCGCUUUACUGACUUAUGACGACUCGGUAAAACGUCUAUUGUUCGCGAAAAAGUUGCCGAAUCAUGAUGUUCUUGCAGGUCUCCUCCUGACUUUACAAGCAAGAAUAAAAGCUAGACGAUCUCAACAACAAAAUAAAAUGAAAACUUAGGAAACUAUUAAUAUAUACGAACAAGUGGACAUACAUUGUAUAUAAUACAGGCCAAACAGUUUAUCCACAAUGCAAAGAAGACAAUACAAAAUAUUAAAGUGUUCUCGUGUAUUGAUAAUACAAUAUACUUUGUACAUCGCGAUUGCAAUAAAUUAUAAAUAUUGUAAUAAUAAAAACAUUAAACGAUUAUUAUUUUACUUUUCGAAGCUUAAUAAAACCGAUUAUAUUUUUAUCACUCUUCUUCUUGCAUAAAGUUGCUAGACUUUCAGUACUUUUAUUACAAUAAUAGUUUACUAACGAUGACUCGUUAUAAACGUAAAACGUAAAGAUAAUAAUUCAUGCAAAGUGAAACGUUAGAUUAUGUGUACACCAUUCUAUGAUUGCCAAAUCUUUAUAAGCACAUUGCUCUUUUAUUUCUUUGAUUCAAAUUAAUUGAACUUAUGUUUCGUAAUUAAAUUUUAUAAACAACGCAACGCAUUACAAAAAGAAAAAAGAAGAAAACAUAAUUCAUAAUGCUUAAUACUACUUCGUGGCGUACAGUCCGUUAUUAUUACAACAAAACUGUCGCCAUUGAUAUUCACAGUAUGUUAACGACGUAAUAAUGUUAGUACUACAAUAUGGUUUAUUUAGAAUGUCAAUGGUUAGUUGUAUAUACAAUAUUCAAGUUAUAACCUUAAUGAUAAUGUAAUCAUUGAACUUUUUAGAUUUUGGAAUGCCUAAUAAUCAUUAUAAGAUUCAAAUCGAUCUUCAGAAAACGGCUGUCUCAAUCUCACAAUUAUCUGUGGGUGUAGUUUUUAUUAUUAACGUUGCAAGCAUCAGCAAAUAUAUAGGCAAUUCAUAAUAAACGAUAUAAUUCAUAGCAAGUAUGAUUAUAGAGAUCAUACUUAUAUUCAGAUGAUUCAAUUAUGCUUUAGAAAUCAAGGUUUCGUUUUUUUCGUUUUAUAUACGUAUUUUAAUGAACGUUACAUAAAACUAAUAGGAAUUGCAAUUAUAUAUAAUCUGCAGCAAAAAUGUAAAUUUGAAGACAAUUUCGUUAAAAAGUUAUCGUAAGCAUCUUCCGUAUUCCAUUAACGUAAAUAAUAAAAUUCAUAUUCUCAGUGGCUGUGUUUGCAUGGAGACAAGAAAGUGAAGCUUUAAACGAAUAAAAAAUGUAAAUUAUUCUAUUGUUCGUAAAUAUUACAUAUCUCUCGUUAAAAAUUCAAUAUGAAAGAGUAAAAACGCUUCAUUUUAUAUGAUUAUCGGUAAAAGUAAAAAAAUCGUGUGAUAACCUCAAGUAUUAGUAUUAAUUUAUACACGUAUUUAAAUAUUUCUGAAGUAGACAACAAUGAACAACAAUACUUAUGUAUGAUCGCAAACUUGUUUACAAAUCAUACAAAUUUACAAAGAAAAUUAAAUAGAAAUUAACAUAGUACGUAAUAAUAUGCAAUACUGCUAUUACAAGCAACGCGUGUAACGAUUAACGCUCUUCAGCCAUUUUCCUCGUUAACUGGUACAAACCGAAGUUUUCAUUUUAAAACAACAGCAUGCAAAAAACUUUAAAAUACUGAAAAAAUUACCGAAUUGACGUGACAUACAAUCAUCGAUCUACCGUUUAUACACGUUACACUUAUUUAUUUGAUACAGAUUGAAGAAAACUUGUGCAAUAGAAAAUUAGUAUUAUGUGUGAGCAAGUAGAAAACAAGUACAAAAAACGUAACAAAUAUGUAUAAUAUUUAAUUAUAGAAAUUAAAUCAAAAUACCGUCCGUUCGACAUGUUUUGCCAAUAUAAUACUACUUAAUUAACGUCGAUUAAUUUAGUGCCACAUUAUUUAGUCUGUAUAUUCCUGAGAUAUACUAAUAUUCGAAAAAAUUAAUUCGUGCAUUCAUUUGUAUUUCCUUAAAUGAAUGCAAUUAAAUAUUACACGAAAACUAUUAAACAAAUUUAAUCUCCCAAGAUAAACAAUUUAAUAAGUUUACUCUUCAAAAUUAAUAACUGUAAAUCACUAUUUUAUAAAUUAUAAACAUCGUAGGU